CUGUCCCCGCGCUCGCGCACCCGCCCGCAGCUUUCUUGGUGCGGCCCCCGGGCUGUGACUUCCGGGCUGCUUCUUAGCCGCAGAGGGCGCCGGAGUUGCAAAGCCAGCCUGGGCGGGACGAACCGGACCUGGGCUCGGUAGCUGCAGCAGCAGUUGCAGCUGCAGAGCGCGGAGGCAGAGCACAGCCUCAGCCGCCGCCUCGCCAUGGCGGGUAGCAGCUCGCUGGAGGCGGUGCGGAGAAAGAUCCGGAGCCUGCAGGAGCAGGCGGAUGCCGCGGAGGAGCGUGCGGGCAGCCUGCAGCGCGAGCUGGACCAGGAACGGAAGCUACGGGAAACCGCUGAAGCUGACGUAGCUUCUCUGAACAGACGCAUCCAGCUGGUUGAGGAGGAGUUGGAUCGGGCUCAGGAGCGUCUGGCCACAGCUCUGCAGAAGCUGGAGGAGGCUGAGAAGGCUGCAGAUGAGAGCGAGAGAGGCAUGAAAGUCAUUGAAAGCCGAGCCCAAAAAGAUGAAGAAAAGAUGGAGAUUCAGGAGAUCCAGCUGAAAGAGGCCAAGCACAUUGCUGAAGAUGCUGACCGGAAGUAUGAAGAGGUCGCCCGUAAACUGGUGAUCAUCGAGAGCGAUCUGGAACGUGCAGAGGAGCGGGCCGAGCUCUCGGAAGGCAAAUGUGCCGAGCUUGAAGAAGAAUUGAAAACGGUGACGAACAACUUGAAGUCACUGGAGGCUCAGGCUGAGAAGUACUCCCAGAAGGAAGACAAGUACGAAGAGGAGAUCAAGGUUCUCUCUGACAAGCUGAAGGAGGCUGAGACUCGGGCUGAGUUUGCAGAGAGAUCAGUAACCAAAUUGGAGAAAAGCAUUGACGACUUAGAAGAUCAACUCUACCAUCAACUCGAGCAAAACCGCCGCCUAACUAACGAGCUAAAGCUGGCCCUGAAUGAGGAUUAAAAACUUGGGCCAAGUUCUAGGAAUGGAGUCCAUGUUCAGAAAAAUCUAUGACUCACAGGGUUAAAAAAUGAUACCUUUCUGGAGAAAUGGGAAGGGAAGGCAUUGGCCGCAAGGCCUGCCUUGCUUGCAUUUACCUCUGUAUAUCUUCGUUAAAUCCUCAGUAGCCGUGAAGUUUUUAUGACAUAUUAUGUAUAUGUGAAAAUAUUUAUACCAAUCAAUUCAGCUCUUCCUGCAUCAACAGGUCCUCUUUGAAUUGAUUGAUAAUGAGGACUCCACCCCCAAAGAAAAAGAAAAAAAAAUUUCUAUUUCCUCUAAGCUAUGAGACCUGCUUUAAAUAUCUCUUACAAAUUUGUAUUCCUAACGUCUUUAUAACAUGUGUAGUGUUUGAAAUGUGAUUCAAUGUACCUAUUCUUGGGCAAAAUAGCUUUUGAAAACAGGAGCUCCUACCAGAAGUCCCUGGUUGAAAGGUAGGCUUUGUUAAGCUUAAUAGUGUUGGAAUCUGAUGAACGUGUCUUGCUAAUAAGUGAGAUACCAUAAAAAUACUAAGAGAAUGUCCUAAUGAAGUGUGCAUGAGAUGUGUUGACAUAACCGUUUGUGAGCAGUAGAAAUAAACCAUUUAAAAAGUGGUCAGAACCUUCCUUACGCCAUCUUUGUUUUCUGUGAGGCUGUGUUCCGGCACAGCUACCAGAUCUUUAUCUGCCUGUAACUCAGAAUCCUGUGCUGGUAUUAACGUCUUCGGUUUGUGUAACAAUGCUGUUGUACCUGUAUUUGGUUUUUUUGACCCUCCCUUGUUCCCGUAGCACGCAGUGGGUACGCCUUCACCAAACACACCCUGCACUUUAUGUCAGGGUGGGUUGCAGGUGUAGGUGCACCCGGGGCCUUGUGUAGAUGCGAGUGGUGUCCAAAGCAUGCGUAGUGCCACUCAUCUGUGUGUGACUGAUGUUUGCUUACUAAAUGUACAAACCACUCCCGAGUGUGAAGCUCGGCUACUCAUGACUCAAUUUUCUAAUCCCAUCACAGAGAAAGUGGCUCAUGCCAAAGAAGAAAACCUUAGUAUGCACCAGAUGCUGGACCAGACUUUACUGGAGCUAAACAACAUGUGAAACCCUCCUUAGCUGCGGCCACAUUCUCUCAUUCCCGUCCCCCCCCCCCCCGCCCCAUUGUUUAAUUUUGUCUUAUACACAUGCUUACCGUGAAACCCCUUCAAUGCGUUUUUUUAUAUAUACUUUUACCACUGUCACUGAAACAUUUGCAGAGAGCCGGCUAGGGCAGGGGGUGGGGAAAGACACACAGAAAGGCAAGCCCGAGUCAGGGCACUUAUUAUUUAAAUGUGCUAUUUCCCAGGUUGACAUUGCUACACUUCAUAGAGUUUAGGCGUGCAGUUUGCUUAGCCAGUGUAGGAAGCCUCACGAAAACAGAAAGAUUAACAACCAGAGUGCCAAUGGUGGGGUCACCAGGAAGACUGAUGUUAGCCAGAGUGCCAAUGGUGGGGUCACCAGGAAGACUGAUGUUGGAGACAAUCAGGUUCAGAUUGGUGCUAAUGUACACAAAAGGACCCCUGGGGUCUUUUGUUCAAUAUUAUACAAUUCAGACUUCUGUCCAACACUAAUUUAUUUUGUCUUGAGUUGUACUGCAAGAGAAGAAUAUGGGUCUCAUAUGCCCGUGUUCCUUGAAGCCAAGGGUUGGAAAGCCACGCUGAUCCUGUAAGAUCCCCAUUCCGUCCCAGCUGACGGCCCCUUCCAACUCAUCAGAGAGCUCGAUCAAUGCGGAUUGCCCCCCUUCCCAGUUCUCCAUGUCAGGGUAAAAGAUGCAGGCACUACAUAUGUCAUAGGUAAAGAAAAGGCAUUUUCUUAAGAGUUAUAACUAUGUAAACAUUGUAUAAUGAUAUGAAAUAAAAAAAUGCACAUUUAGGUCAUUUUCUACA